AGUUGCGAUCCAACACGCCAAGUGGUAACACUUUUUUGCACGCAUAUUCGCGAAUGCGAUGGCCAUUCUCCUGCCAAUACCCACAGUUCAUUCAUAAUACGCGGAAAGUUUGCAUAAUGCACUAAAAGCUCAGUGGAUGAUACAUUAAAUAAUAAAUUGAACAUAAAAAAAAAUGUUGUGUAAUUGAAAACUUUAGUGUGCAAUUGCAAAUUACAUCAACCAAAAAGUGCGAAUUUCCGGCAAUUUAUUGGAAAGACUGGGUGGUGGAUCCAAGUUAAAAAAAAAAAGAAGAUAGAAAAUACAGCUACAAUGCACCAUAUGGCGAUGGAAACGCCAGAAGCCUCAAUAUUGUAUUGAGGAGAGAACGUGCAGGGCAAAGAAGCUGGAAAAAUCCCAAAAAUGCUCAUAUAACAGUGGCCAAGACGACAAAAAGAAGUAAAGGCAAACAACACGACAAUCAUCAUUUGCUGAAAAUUGGUGCAGUUAUAUCGUGUUUUUUAGGAUGAUGGCAUCUCUGAGCAUUUUGUGAAUGGAAACAAUUGUUUCUGCUAUUAAUUCUUGGAAAAAUAUGCAAAAUUAUUAUGCGCAAUCGAUGGUAAUCCAGGGAGGUCCUGUGAAAUCGCAUCGAACCACGUGAAUUACACACAAAAAAGCGGAAUCAUCGAUAGAACGAGUGGAUAAAGAAUGCACAGAGAACCACUGGAUCACGAUGACGAGAACAAAGGAUAUAUUUAAUCGCAUCGAAAUUUUUCAUAAAGCCCCAUUGAGUCGUAGUUUAGUGGAAAUUCUGUCGAUUCUAUCUGUUGUGAUUCUUUCAUCAUUUGGACAUGCCGGAGCAUUUGAGCCGGACUUUGUGUUCCCAUUGGAAAACGUGACAGUAGCAGCGGGCAGAGAUGCGACAUUCACAUGUGUUGUCAACAAUUUAGGUGGUUAUAGGGUGAGUGGGGACUCUACACAAGCGAGGGUAGCGUGGAUUAAAGCGGAUGCAAAAGCCAUAUUAGCAAUUCAUGAGCACGUAAUCACAAAUAAUGACCGUCUCAGCGUGACACACAAUGACUUUAAUACAUGGACACUUGUGAUUCGCAAUGUUAAGAUGGAAGAUCGGGGUCAAUACAUGUGUCAGGUCAAUACGGAUCCUAUGAAAAUGCAGACUGCAUUUCUGGAAGUGGUCAUACCACCAGAUAUCAUAUACGAGGAGACCUCGGGUGAUAUGAUGGUGCCAGAGGGUGGUUCAGCGAAAUUAGUAUGCAAAGCGCGUGGCUACCCAAAACCGAAAAUUGUCUGGAGGCGAGAGGAUGGCAGGGAAAUCAUUGCCCGGAAUGCACCGCAUGGCAAAACGAAAUCCCUUGCGGUUGAGGGUGAAACGCUGUGGCUGUCGAAACUCACGAGAUCCGAGAUGGGUGCGUACUUGUGUAUAGCAUCAAACGGCGUUCCUCCGUCUGUGAGCAAAAGGAUGAAGCUGCAGGUUCACUUUCACCCCCUCAUUCAAGUUCCAAAUCAACUUGUUGGUGCACCAUAUGGAACAGAUGUCACACUAAUUUGUAAUGUAGAGGCGUCCCCUAAAGCCAUAAACUAUUGGCAACGCGAAAAUGGAGAAAUGAUCAUUACCAAUGAUCGAUAUGCAAUGACAGAAACAGAAAAUUCAAUGUAUGCUGUUCAAAUGGUCUUAGUGAUAAAGAAACUGCAAAAGGCAGAUUUUGGAGGAUUUAAAUGUAUAUCAAAAAAUAGUAUUGGAGAUGCUGAAGGAACAAUUAGAUUGUAUCAAAUGGAGCCACCGAAAUCAACGAAAAAUCAACAUAGACAGAAUGGUGAUGAUGAUAAUGGCGGAAGUUCUGAAAAUAAUUUAUCAACGAACGACGACCUACACGAGAAUGGGAACAUCAUCAACAAAAACGGACGCCUCUACAAAGGUUUGCAGUCCGGUGAACCCGACGAAAUGAAUAGCAGUGCAAAUAAUGGUAGACUUGCCGCGAACCAUUCCAUCAUUUUGCUCUUCAUGUUCUUCCAAGCUAUGUAUAUGGUGAGUGUGGCUUCUGCCAGCAUCCGGAGAUACCCAUUUUCGGUGCUCUCAUAGUAAUUGAAAAUUUCCCAUCCUAAAAUUGAGGAGAAUAAGUGAAUGGACGUAGACCAAGAAAAGUCGACUUACUCAGUUCGAGUCAUGAAUGUAAUAAACCUCCCGUUGUAACUUGACAAAGAAAUUAACUGGCGUAUUUCGAAUCUUACAAUUUUUUCUCUAUUUGAAUUCACAAAACUCUAUUGAAACUAAUCAGUAAAUCCGCAUCCUUAUUGUCUAUUUAUUUCCCCUUAUAAAACUUACAACAUAAUUCGAUCAUUUACACCACUAGUCCUUUGUCAAGGGAGACUUAGAAAACAAUUUGUAAAUAAAAUAUCUAAAAAAGAAAGAAAGAAAAGAGUUUAGAAAUUUAUACAAGAUGAAAACCAUGAGACUCACAAUCUUUAUAAAUAAAAAGUAAAUAAUGUAUGAAAAGGUUAUUUAAGAAAAGCAUUCGUAAGUAAAAUUACCAGGCAAUUACCAAAAUAAACAGAUUAUAAAUGUUUAAUUGAAUGUUAAUUAGCAUAUAUUAUGUUUAUCUUAUUUCCCAGUUAGGAUCUAGCAAAUGUUACUGAUUGCACCUGAAUUGAAAGACAUUGAGAAAACUUUAUGCUCAAAAUAAAAAAAUAAAAUAAAAUAAUAAUUAAAAUACUUUUUCUAUUUCUGAAAAAGCAGUAAAACUUUAAUCUGUAACAUCAAUUUUGAGCCAAUAAAAAUUAAGUAAAAACCAUUUAUUAGUCACAUGAUUGUUUACUGAAAUAAUAAUACAGAUUUUAGUAGUAAAUCCAAGUAUGGCUUUUUUUGGUAAGAAUUCCAUCUUGAAACCUCUUAAGUAAUCAAAGCAUAUAAUGUAUUAAAUAGUAAUUGACUGUUUUGAAUAAGUAAUACCUAUAUUUUAUUGCUCAAUAUGAUUUUUUAUUCAAAGCGAUUAAAAAUAUUCACUCGGAAAAAAUUUAAAUUUUACAACGUUUGGCACUACAAAGAUACCUUGAGGAAUAGUUCCAUUAUCUCAAAAUUUAGUAAACAAUUUGUUUUAUUUAAAGAUAAAUUUAAAAAAAAAAACAAAGUUUGGCAUUUUUCGAUAUUAAUACGACGUAUUUAACUUUAUCAGAAAGGCUGCUAUCUAAAUAUUUUUCCGAGCGCUUCAAACAAUAUUGCCCCCUUUUAGGCCACAUUGACAAGCUUCCACCACUUUCUCACUCACUUUGGCAUCCACCUCAGCCUAUUUGACCACCCAUUCAGUCUUCACGCCAUUAAUCAUUUCAAUCAAUCCAGACAGACGUGGGCUAUGAUGACGGCAAACGGAUGGUUAUAAGAGAAAAGAUGAUGGAAAACCAUUAACUGCAUCAAUGAAUCAUGUUUUAGGGAUGAUUUUCCUUUAAAUUGUUACCCUUAAACCUGUCCCAAAAUUUUAAAUAUUCUCUUAAUAUUUUAAAUAGACAAGACGAUGUUAUUGAACACAAUAACCGAAUAUUUCAUCAAGUAUUAUGUUAUGUAUUAUACCUUUAGAGCUUUUAACUCAUUAAUUUAAUUUAAUUAAAUUUAGGAAAAUAUCGUUUUCUUACAAAAACAAAUAAUAAAGUUAAUAUAACUAUUUCAUAUAUCAACUUAUUGUAUGUACAAUGUGAACAUCACAAAGAUUGACAAUAGUGUUUAGUCAACGUUCCUUUUUUCCUUAAAAGAAUUUUCUAAUAUUUUGAGUUUUUUUUUUGAAUUUCGCGUUAGUGCCACACGAUUGUGUCGAGUGAUUAUCUACCACAAUAAAAAUGUUCUUAAAAUCUUAGAUUAAUAUUUGACUCAAAAAGUCAAAAAGCUCUUGAAAGUGUGAUUGAUAAAAAAAAUCAAGCAAACUAUCUUACCCUUAGCUUUCUAACUUUUAUUUUUAAUUACCUAUUCCUUUUCUCAUUGAAAAAUCACUUAAGCAUUUCAUGUCAAUUUUAAACGCAAUCAAACAUUAUUAUUUUUCUCCUCAUAACUGUAUAACCACCACCUAAAGCACAUUCACCUUUCUUAUGAGCACGAUAGCUUCACUAAAGGAAAAAACAUGUCAUGAAAUAAUACAAUAACAAAGUAUUAAUAGAAAGAAAAUUUAAAUGAUAAAAUUAUCAAAAAAAUAAAAAAUAAAAUAAUAAGUGCCAAACAGAUUUUAUAAAAAAAAAGAUUGAAAAUAUUAUAUGAAAAAUAUCUGACAAAAAUGUAUUGAUUAAUGACAUAAAUUCUAACAAAAACGUGACGCAAUGUUAAACUUAUUGUGUUUUAAUGUAAUAUACACCUUCAUUUUCUUUGCUUCAUUGCAAUUCUGUUAAAACCAACCUGAGAGGAGAAUUUUAUAAAAAAAAAGAUGACUUAUGAUUUCUAAAAAUAAUAUAUUGUAAAUAAAAAACGAAGAGUAUAGGGCAUAAGUAAAGACACGAAAGAAAUGUAUUGGAUCAGACAUGGAUCAAAAAAUUGAAGGAGAUGGAUAUGAAUAAAAGAAAGUGACAAAAUUA